UUUGGAUUCGAGGCUGCGCAUCUAUGGGACGUUGAAAGGAUUUAUUAGUCAACUUCUAUAUAAUAAUACAAGAACAGAGCCGCCCUUAAUCCUCAAACAAGUUGCAACCAGUCGGCAUUUCCCAUUAAUAUUAUAUUAUUUACUCGCCGGCGGUUGCCAGUUUCACCUACUCUCCCCAUUCAUAUACAUACAGAUCGCACAAUGUUCUUCUUCCCAAUUCAAAAUCGUAGCCCUUUGCCGCCACAAAUCUACACAGCUCAUAAUGGAAGACGACGGUUCUCAGAAUCCGGUAGCAUCUAUCACUUGGGACGACGGAAUUUAUUCGACAAUCAAACGGUUCGUAGUUUACGAGAGAGAGUGGAUCUGUUCGAUUCAGAUUGAAUAUGAUGAGAAUGGAGAAUCAAUUUGGUCGCCAACACAUGGUGAAAACGAAGGUUCUAUAUCGGAAGUGGUUUUAGAUUAUCCAGACGAGUACUUAGUUUCAAUUUCUGGAUACUAUGGUUCUAUACGUAAUUGGGGAAUCGAUGGCACCGUGAUUCGAUCAUUGACUUUGGAAAGCAACACUAGAUUUUAUGGACCCUUUGGAAUUCAAGAAGGGAAAAAAUUUAAAUUCCCAAGUACUGGGGGGAAGAUUAUUGGGUUCCAUGGCAUAUCUGAUCGCUACCUCGAUGCAAUUGGAGUUCAUGUACAAACAAUUCAAAAAUUGGGGAUCCAGCCUGAGCCUCCGCCGAAGCACUUGAACAUGGGACAAUAUGGAGGCAAAGGAGGAGAUCCUUGGGAAGAAACUUUUGAAACAAUCAAACGGGUGAGGAUUUAUCAUGGCCUUUGGAUCGACUCCUUUCAAAUACAAUUUCAGGAAGACGAUGAAGUUGGAACGUUAGUAUGGACCGAAAUUUAUGGUGGUGAGGGAGGUUUUCUAGCAGAGGUUGUUCUGGAAUUAGAUGAGCAUUUUAUUUCGGUUCAAGGCUACUACAGUGACAUACAAAAGUGGGGAAUUGAUGCCACUGUGAUUCGAUCCUUGACUCUGGAAACCAAUAAAAGAACUUAUGGGCCAUUUGGGAUUGAAGAUGGAACCAAAUUUUCAUUUCCAUUUCAAGGGCUAAAGCUUGUUGGCUUUCAUGGUAGAUCUGGCGUGUAUCUGGAUGCAAUUGGGCUUUACUUACGACCAACUCAAAUAAAUGGGGUUUGGCCUGAGAAAUUUAGCUUAGGAGAAUAUGGUGGCGAAGGUGGUGAUCCUUGGGAUGAGAAUUUUAAUACAAUCAGGAAAUUGGUGAUUAAUCAUGGACAGUGGAUCGACUCCAUUCAAAUGGAAUAUGAAGAUGAGAAUGGAGAGGUAGUCUGGUCUGAGAAGCAUGGUGGAAAUGGAGGUUCCGAAUCAGAGGUUGUUCUAGAUUUCCCAGAUGAGCAUCUUGUUACAAUUCAUGGCUACUAUGAUAAUCUACUAUACUGGGGAUUUGAUGGUACUGUGAUUCGAUCAUUGACUGUGGUAACGAACCUAAGAAAUUAUGGGCCAUUUGGGGUAGAAAAUGGAACAAAGUUUUCAUUCCCUUGUGCUGGAGUGAAGGUCGUUGGCAUCCAUGGCAGAUCUGGUUUGUAUCUUGAUGCCAUUGGACUUCUUGCACUUCCAGUUCAAGACUAGUCCUACCCUCUUUCUACUCCUUGGCAGCCAUCAGUAGUAUCUUGUAUUUGUAUGUUUUCAAACUCAGUCUCUUUCAUGUGGUUUUUUUAGCACAACAAUUGCAUAAGUGAGAGAACAACAUCUAAGAGAGAAGGUAAUGUCGAUUAUGUUUAUCUUUUUGUUAUGUAGUUAUUAAAUCUUAAAAUGGCAUUUUGAUGUAUUUGUGUUUUGGAAAUAUUUGAAAUAUUUUAACUUAUGACUUGGGUUUGGG